AUGGGCAAGAAAACUGAAAAGGAAAAGGCGUUGGCUGGUGAGCUAUACAACGCCAAUGACAAGGAGCUCGUAGAUGAUCGUGAAGCUUGCAAGAAAUUGAUUCGCAAGUACAAUCACCCUGAUCGAGAAAGAGAGGAAUUACCAAAGAUUUUGAAGGAGUUGCUUGUUGAUGAUGGAAAGACGGAUCCACCAUUCAUAGAACCUCCAUUUUACUGUGAUUAUGGGUACAACAUUACAUAUGGCAAGAACGUCUACAUGAAUCACAACUGUAUCAUCUUGGACUGUAACAAGGUCACAAUCGGUGACAAUGUGAUGUUUGCUCCCAAUGUCGCUAUCUAUGCUGCAACACACCCACUUGAAGCUGAAAUUCGAAGGGAUAUGGGUCCUGAAUUAGCUUUCCCUGUUACUAUAGGUUCCGACGUUUGGAUUGGUGGCAACUCUGUGAUCCUGCCUGGCGUAACCAUUGGAGAUGGAGCUGUUGUGGGUGCUGGAAGUGUAGUAACCAAGGAUGUUGCUCCCUACACAGUAGUUGUUGGGAAUCCCGCACAUUUCCUGAAGGACAUUCCGCGUGAAAAGGAAAAGAAGCCUGUAUCCAAGAAGAAGGCAGACGAGAAGAAGGUAGAAGAGAAAAAAGCCGAAGAGGCUGAAGUGACAGAAGAGGCAGAAAAGGAAGCUCCCAAGAAGCGAACUUCCAAGAAGAAGUCAUCGGACGAAACUGAAGAGCCAGAAAAGGAAGCUCCCAAGAAAAAGAAGCCUAAAAAGUAA